UCAGGAGCAGGUGGGCGGAGCGAAGGAUUCGUGACAGAUCGCACUGUACUGAACUGGACGCUGAUAUCUUCUUCUGAUUAUAUUAUCUAGAAUAACGCACAAGUGUCGCGAUGGUGUCGCACUCGCUGACUUUACCGAUGAUCUGUUUCACCACCCUGUGGGGUCUGGUCGGGGUUGUGGCCCCGUUUCUGGUACCGAAAGGACCAAACCGAGGGGUGAUCAUAACCAGUUUGGUGCUGACCGCCGUUUGCUGCUAUCUAUUCUGGUUAAUAGCGAUACUGGCUCAAGUAAAUCCUCUGUUUGGACCCCAGCUGAAAAACGAGACCAUAUGGUAUCUGCGCUACUUCUGGGAGUAGAUGGAGGUGUCGAAGAUCCUCAAUCUCAUCAGGCUUUUUUCUUUUAAAUGUCACUAUUAUAAUCACUAAUAACCACACAAUAGUGAAGAAUACAGCAUACUGAAGAGAAGAUUUGGAAAUAGGAUACAGAAUAGUAUUGUAAAAAUGUACAAAGAAAUGUUCUAGUGAUAUUCUUGUGAUCUUUGAAGAAUCAUAAGAACAUGAGUGUGUGCUUCUGAUGAGUUGAGUAUAUGAGUAAAUGUUUUUGUUUUGUUUUGCAUCAAAGCACAGUUUGUCUGUUAUAAUGUUAAUAUUAUGCCGUCCUCACUUGCAUGUGACACUGUAUCCAUGUUAACCUGAUGAAAUAAUUGUUAUAUUUAUUAUUGUUUUUAUUUGUACAUGUGAUAUUCUGUUGAUGUUUUAUGUCAUCAUGUGAUGAUUUUAAAGAUGUGUCAUACAAAAUAAAACACGUGAAUCUUCUGUA